GUUCUGUAAAAUCAUUUUACUCGGUUGUCUCAAAUGAAUACGAAUUAUAUGAUGACAUACAAUCCAAUGACAAUUCUUCCAGAGUUUUCAAAUAGUCUGAAACAAGUACGUCAAUGUGACAUAACAACAAUGAAUCAGUACAGUAGCAUUAAUGACAUCAACAUGUUAAAUCCCUAUUCAUUAUUCUCAAUGGAUUCUUCGAAUAUGCAUAGAAUCCCACAUCAUAACAGUACUAACAAUGUUUCUGCUUUAAAAUAUGACAACAAGGCAGAAGUCUAUGCAAAACCCGAUACAGUGACAACUGGUAAAGACUUGGCAAACAACAUUAAGAAAAAGAACCAUUUUAAAAAUAUGUCAUUCAUUUGGUCUUCAAAUUUGGUGAAUCAUCCCAGCUUUCCCAUCUGUGACAGACUAGAUGGAGAAGUGUUGGAUGAAAAACUAAUCAGUGGUUCAAAAAAUACGAAUGUACCAAAAGAUCUACGAAUUCGUAGACAACCACGUUCAAUAUAA